ACAUCGCUCCGGUACCGAUCUAAUGAGUAAAUUAAUACUACGCCAUCCUUAGUUUAACAUAUCGUUUUGAGAACAUAGGUUCUGAAGCCUGUUCUCAGUAUGUCGAUCGGUCUACGGAAUGGCCUAGUGGACGAUGCUCAGUCGUGUUAUUUGCCCCCAUUGAAGUCACCAUUUCCUUGCCUCCUGUUCUAGUGGAAGUCCAAAAUACAAUUGACCUCAAGUUUAUACAAAGAAUCAUUGAAUACAGCCUUGCAGUUAUCAAAGAACAUGGUGUUUCACCAAUUAUUGUUGUCUUCGGCAUACAUCCCACAAAACCAAGCGUAGCCAAUGAUUUAGUACAAAGUGAUCAGAUGCCAUACGCAAAAGAAUAUCCUUGCAAACCAUGGGCUAAAUCUUUUUACAUUCUGGAUCCUAUCACUAUCAAUAGUCAUAUUCAUGAACAACCACUUAAACCAUUAGUUGCAGUAGAACACUUUUUGCACAAGCAAAAAAGAACUCUGUUGGGCAUGGAUAUCAAGGAGCGUGCUGAUGAGACAAUUCAACUGCUGUAUACUAUUGCAAAACAGAUAUUUAAAAAUGAUAUCACUUUAGAGGAACGAACAAUUGACGUCCUUUUGAAUGUGUGUGAGCGGAUACAAAAGCAGUUUCAUAAGAUCAAGGAGGCAUUAGAAAUCGAAAAUCUGGAAGAGCUAAAAAAAACGCACAAGAGAGUAUGCCGAAGACGACUAUAUGUAUUUGGAGACAUGUAAAACAAAGUAUUGACGCAUAUCUUUACCUGAACCUCCAGCUUUUCCAGAAGAAACAAAAAAAGAUGGACCAUCUAAAAGUGAAUACAAUGAAGAUCUCUUGCCAGCUUCAAAUCUAUCAAAUACAAUAUCACCUGAUUUUGCUUUUAUUGAAAAUUUUAAAAGCAAUCAAAAGAAGAUGAACUGGAACACUUGCUUCAAUGCUGGAAGAGCAAAAGGUUUUUUCAAAUCUUAUAAAGACCCUAACAGUUUAAAAGCUUUUUUUUUUUUUUUU